AUGGAGAACGGCUCGGCCAGCUCGGGAGUGGCGCUGGGCACUAGCAGCAACCAGACUCUGAGCAGGAUGCCUCGGCAGCCUCUGGAGUUGCAGGUGGCCACCAUCCUGCUGGUGCUGCUCAUUUGCGGGGUGGGCAUCGCGGGUAACGUGAUGGUCGUGCUGGUGGUGCUGCGCAGCAAGCACAUGGUGACCCCCACCAACUGCUACCUGGUGAGCCUGGCCGUGGCCGACCUCAUCGUGCUGCUGGCGGCUGGGCUGCCCAACAUCUCGGACGUGAUGGCUUCUUGGGUGUACGGCUACGCCGGCUGCCUCUGCAUCACCUAUUUGCAGUACCUGGGCAUCAACACCUCCGCCUGGUCCAUCGCCGCCUUCUCGGUGGAGCGUUACAUCGCCAUCUGCCAUGCCCUCAGGGCGCAGCUGCUGUGCACCGUGUCCCGUGCCAGGCGCAUCAUCUCCUCGCUCUGGCUCUUCACCUCCUUCUACUGCCUCAUGUGGUUCUUCCUGGUGGACACGACCCAGGUCACCUUCUCGGACGGGACACAGGUCAGCUGUGGCUACCGAGUCUCUAGAAGCCUUUACAUGCCCAUUUACUUCUUGGACUUUGCUGUCUUCUAUGUCAUCCCUCUGGGUCUGGCAACUGUCCUCUACGGCCUCAUUGCCCGCAUCCUCUUCAUGAGCCCUCUCCCUGCCACCCCUCAGCACUCCUGCCUGGGCUCCGUGCACCAGGGUGGAUCCCUCAAGCUUUCCUGCCUGGGCAACAAGGGGGCACUCAGCUCCCGCAAGCAGGUGACCAAGAUGCUGGCGGUCGUGGUGGUCCUCUUCGCCCUCCUGUGGCUGCCUUAUCGCACACUGGUGGUGGUGAACUCCUUCGUGGACCCUCCCUACCUGAACAUCUGGUUCCUCCUCUUCUGCCGCUUGUGCAUCUACCUGAACAGUGCCAUCAACCCCAUCAUCUACAACCUCAUGUCACACAAGUUCAGGGCUGCCUUCAGGAAGCUCUGCAGGUGUGACAAGCAGAGCGCCGAGCAGGUGGCGCUGCACGCUGCCCCCGUGCACUACAGCAGGGUGAAGGACACUGCUCGCUACAGCUCUGACCACACUGGCACCCAGCAAGAGGAUCUGAACAGUCUCCCUGCACCUCUCAAGAGGAACAAGCCUGCCAGAUAA